AUUGACCUUUCCUCCAACGCCUUAACCGGUUCGAUCCCUGCGUCCCUUGGCCGGCUCACUAAGCUCCGUACCAUGAACCUGGGAUCGAACCAGCUCUCGGGCCCGAUCCCGCCUUCUUUAACCGGGAUCAAGAGCCUCGUCCAGCUAUACCUCUACUCCAAUGCCCUCUCGGGCUCGAUCCCAGGCUCGUUCGCUCAACUCCCGAACCUCAACGAGCUCGACCUCCGCCAAAACCGGCUUACCGGUUCAAUCCCGGCGAGCUUCAGGUUGUUCAAGAAUUCCGAUUUAAACAUUAAUCUCUCCUUCAACCGCCUCUCUGGACCUAUUCCUGCCGCCUUCGGCAAGGCCAACGUCACGGUGCUCGAUAUCUCCAACAAUAACUUCACCGGAGACGCGUCGUUCCUGUUUGGGAGAGACAAGACGGUUCUAACCGCCGUAGACCUGAGCAAUAAUCAUUUCAAGUUCGACUUCUCCGGCGUGGACCUUCCACCGGGGCUGAAGAAUCUUGAUAUUAGCCACAACAUGAUAUUUGGGUCCCUGCCCGGACGGCUCGGGCAGCUGGCGUUGAAGAACAUUGACGUGAGCUUUAACCAACUCUGCGGGCAGAUCCCAGUUGGGCGGCGGCUGAAGCAGUUCAGUCCGGCGAAGUUUUCUAACAAUAAGUGCUUAUGUGGUCUGCCUUUACCUGCUUGCAAAUAAUGAAUGAGAGAAACAUACACUAUUACUCAUCACGUGAUAACUAAUGUAAUCGUUGGACGUUAUCUAAAAUAAAUUCUCAUUAUAUUG